CAUUUUGAAAGUCAUUAGAAGAUAUUCUGCCACCCUAUUGGAUUACUUUCUAUACAACUCAGCAUGUCACUGUGCCCUGGAUUUUAUAAGGUGGCCAUGAUUUAAUCCCCACUUCCAAUUUCUAUGUAUUGGUGAAGCAUUGGAGCUCUUCAGAGCUGCUGGUACUUGCGUGGAAACUGAUCUGUCUUGAAUCCCUUCUCCAAAGGACUAGACAUUACUAGCAAUGAGCUCCCAAAGCCAUCCAGAUGGGCUUUCUGGCAGAGACCAGCCAGUAGAGCUGUUGAAUCCACCUAGAGUGAACCACAUGCCUAGCUCUGUUGAUGUGACCACAGCACUGCCCUUGCAAGUUGCGCCGACUUCAGUCCCAAUGGAUCUGCGCUUGGACCACCAGUUUUCCAUGCCUGUGACGGAGCCGACACUGCGGGAACAGCAGCUCCAGCAGGAGCUCCUGGCGCUCAAGCAGAAACAGCAGAUCCAGAGACAGAUCCUCAUCGCCGAGUUCCAGCGGCAGCAUGAGCAGCUCUCCCGGCAACACGAGGCCCAGCUGCACGAGCACAUUAAACAGCAGCAGGAGAUGCUGGCAAUGAAGCAUCAGCAGGAGCUGUUGGAGCACCAGAGGAAGUUGGAGCAGCACCGACAGGAGCAGGAGCUGGAGAAGCAGCACCGAGAGCAGAAACUUCAGCAGCUAAAAAACAAAGAGAAAGGAAAAGAGAGUGCAGUGGCAAGCACAGAAGUGAAGAUGAAAUUACAAGAAUUUGUCUUAAAUAAGAAGAAGGCAUUGGCACACCGGAAUCUCAACCACUGUAUAUCCAGUGAUCCUCGCUUCUGGUAUGGGAAGACACAGCACAGCUCUCUGGACCAGAGCUCCCCGCCCCAAAGUGGCGUCUCCAGCACCUACAAUCACCCUGUACUGGGGAUGUACGAUUCCAAAGAUGACUUUCCACUCAGAAAAACAGCAUCUGAACCCAAUCUGAAAUUACGAUCCAGACUAAAGCAAAAAGUUGCUGAAAGAAGGAGCAGCCCUCUCUUGCGUAGAAAGGAUGGUCCGGUAGUUACUGCUCUUAAGAAGCGCCCACUGGAUGUCACAGACUCUGCAUGCAACAGUGCUCCUGGAUCUGGUCCCAGCUCUCCAAACAACAGCUCCAAUAACAUAAGCGCCGAGAAUGGAAUUGCAGGAUCAGUCACAAGUAUUCAAGCAGAGACCAGCCUGGCUCACAGACUUGUGAAUCGUGAAGGCUCGGUAACACAGCUUCCGCUCUACACAUCUCCUUCUUUGCCCAACAUCACGCUAGGACUGCCUGCAACCGGCCCUUCCAGUGGAGGAUCAGCACAGCAGGAUGCAGAGAGGCUUACUAUCCCAACCUUACAGCAACGGAUCUCUUUAUUUCCUGGCACUCACCUCACUCCCUACUUGAGCACUACAACGUUGGAAAGAGAUGGGGGAACUGCACAUAACCCUCUUCUGCAACACAUGGUCUUACUGGAACAGCCAACUGCACAAACUCCCUUAGUCACAGACUGGUAUCUUUCAGGACUGCCCCUCCAUGCACAGUCUCUGGUUGGUGGAGAAAGGGUCUCCCCUUCAAUACACAAACUCCGGCAGCAUCGCCCGCUGGGGCGCACGCAGUCUGCUCCCCUUCCCCAGAAUGCCCAGGCCCUCCAGCAGUUAGUGAUCCAGCAGCAGCACCAGCAGUUCUUGGAGAAACACAAACAGCAAUUUCAGCAACAGCAACUGCACAUCAACAAGAUUAUAUCAAAACCCAACGAACCAGCUCGCCAGCAUGAAAGCCACCCUGAGGAGACAGAAGAAGAGUUACGGGAACACCAAGCCCUUUUGGAGGAGCCAUACGGUGACAGAGUCACAAGCCAAAAGGAGGCCCCAGGGCUGGCCAACAUGGUGCAAGUGAAGCAAGAACCCAUCGAGAGUGAUGAGGAAGAAGCAGAGCCGCAGCAGGAGCUGGAGUCUGGGCAGAGGCAGGCUGAGCAGGAGCUGCUCUUCCGUCAGCAAGCCCUUCUGUUGGAGCAGCAACGUAUUCACCAGCUGAGAAACUACCAGGCAUCACUGGAGGCAGCUGGCAUGCCCGUCUCUUUCGGAGGGCAUCGGCCUCUGUCCCGUGCACAGUCCUCACCUGCCUCGGCCACCUUCCCAAUGUCCGUACAGGAGCCACCCACUAAGCCAAGGUUCACAACAGGCCUUGUAUAUGACACCUUGAUGCUGAAACACCAGUGUACCUGUGGAAAUACAAACAGCCACCCAGAGCAUGCAGGGAGGAUCCAGAGCAUCUGGUCCCGGCUCCAGGAGACGGGUCUCCGUGGCAAGUGUGAGUGCAUUCGUGGAAGAAAAGCAACUCUAGAAGAGCUGCAGACAGUUCACUCGGAAGCCCAUACGCUGCUGUACGGCACAAACCCUCUGAACAGACAGAAACUGGACAGCAAGAAACUUCUAGGUUCCCUAACAUCGAUGUUUGUCAGGCUUCCUUGUGGUGGUGUCGGGGUUGACAGUGACACAAUUUGGAACGAAGUUCACUCGUCCGGUGCCGCUCGCCUGGCUGUGGGCUGUGUCAUUGAGCUCGUUUUCAAAGUAGCCACAGGAGAGCUGAAGAAUGGAUUUGCUGUUGUUCGGCCUCCAGGUCACCACGCAGAAGAGAGCACACCUAUGGGUUUCUGCUAUUUUAACUCAGUGGCAAUCGCAGCCAAGCUGCUCCAGCAAAGACUGAACGUUAGCAAAAUCCUUAUAGUGGACUGGGAUGUUCACCAUGGGAACGGUACUCAGCAAGCUUUCUACAAUGAUCCUAAUGUUCUUUAUAUUUCACUACACCGCUAUGAUGAUGGGAACUUCUUUCCAGGCAGUGGUGCUCCGGACGAGGUUGGCACAGGAGCAGGAGUUGGUUUCAAUGUUAACAUGGCCUUUACUGGUGGCCUUGAUCCACCAAUGGGAGACACAGAAUACUUAACUGCUUUCAGAACGGUAGUAAUGCCCAUUGCCAAUGAAUUUGCCCCAGAUGUUGUGCUGGUGUCAUCUGGUUUCGAUGCAGUGGAAGGCCAUCCCACACCUCUUGGAGGAUAUAACCUAUCAGCAAAAUGCUUCGGGUACCUGACGAAGCAGCUGAUGGGCCUGGCCGGGGGCCGCGUCGUCCUGGCCCUUGAAGGAGGCCACGACCUGACCGCCAUUUGUGAUGCCUCGGAAGCGUGUGUUUCUGCUCUGCUGGGAAAUGAGCUUGAUCCUCUUCCAGAAAAGGUUUUCCAGCAGAGAGCAAAUGCUAAUGCGGUGCAUUCAAUGGAGAAAGUGAUCGAGAUACAUAGCAAGUAUUGGCAUUCACUCCAGCGUUAUGCCUCCACAGUGGGGUACUCCCUGGUUGAGGCCCAGAAGUGCGAGAACGAGGAGGCAGAGACAGUAACAGCCAUGGCAUCUCUGUCAGUAGGCGUGAAGCCAGCUGAGAAGAGACCCGAUGAUGAACCCAUGGAAGAGGAACCUCCCCUGUAGCAUUCAUCUUUGAGCUGGAGUUCUACUGUCUGUUCGUCUUCGUCUUGAAGCUCUGCCAAGAAGCUUUCUCUUGUUACUCCUGUGUCCUGUCAUGGUUUUUUCCAGAAUACGGAAGGACAACCAGGUGUAAAACAAAGCAACCGAAAAAAAUCUUUCCAUAUCUAUAUGCGUCUACAGUAUAUAUUUGCCGAAAAAGGAAAAUGCCAGUGAAGAGCAGUAAAGGACUGACAACGCUGGGCACUCUUCCUCUGGUCCUCACUGGG